GCGCCGCGGCUCUCAAUGGGGCCGGCGGGGCUGCGCGGGCCGUGCCCCGGGAGCGGGGCGAUGUCGCAGGGUCCGCCGGGCGCGGGGCACCCCAAUGACCUGCCCGACCACGCUCCGCGGGUGCGCAGCGCCCUGGCCGAGCUGCGGCGGCGGGCGGAGGCAGAGCCCGGGCAGCGCUGGCCGCAGCCGCUCUCCGAUGCCUUCCUGGUGCGGUUCCUGCGCGCCAGAGACUUCCACAUGGACCUGGCCUGGAGGUUAUUGAAGAAUUAUCAGAAGUGGAGAAUUGAAUGCCCAGAAAUAAGUGCAGAUUUAAAACCAUCUUCUAUUCUUGGUCUUUUGCAAGCUGGCUAUCAUGGAGUCCUUAGAUCAAGGGACCCACAUGGAAGCAAAGUUCUAAUAUACAGAAUAGGACAAUGGGAUCCCAAUGAAUUUACCGUAUAUGAUGUGUUUCGUGUAAGUCUCAUCACGUCUGAACUCGUUGUAAAGGAGAUUGAGACUCAGCGGAAUGGAGUCAAGGCUAUCUUUGAUCUUCAAGGCUGGCGAUUUGCUCAUGCAUUUCAAAUCAGUCCAGCAGUGGCCAAGAAAAUCGCUGCUGUUCUCACAGAUUCCUUUCCACUAAAAGUUCGAGGUAUCCACUUGAUUAAUGAGCCUUUAUUCUUCUACCCAGUCUUCGCUCUAAUUAAGCCUUUUCUCACUGAAAAAAUAAAGGAACGGGUGUUUAUGCAUGGAAAUAACUACAUUCAGAGCCUGACCGAGCACUUCCCCACCAGCAUUCUCCCACUGGAAUAUGGGGGGGAGGAAGUCUCCUUUGAAGAGCUGGCUAAAGAAUGGACUGACUUUAUAAUGGCAUCUGCAGAUUAUCUUCAGAGCAUUUCUCUGGUUGCACAGAAAUAACCUUAUUACAGUAUUAUAUCAAUUCUUUAACAGUGAGAGUGGAAGUAAGUUUAGUAUGAAAAUAUUCAUUUUGAAAUUCAAAUUAUUGUGAAUGAAACCAGUAUGUCUUUGCAGGGCACUGAAUAUUAUAUUGGCUGCACUUUAUACUAACUGGAGUCUAUCAGUCUGUGUGUCUGAAGAGAUUAAUGAAUUCUACACAUUUGUAGUACUGUUUGUAAUUGAUUAACUUGUAUGCCAGGAAGUUGAAGAAUGCAUUGGAUAUCAGAUUGAUACUGCUCCUGUUAAGUCUUUGGAGACAACUCAUUUGUAAUAAUGCAGUCCAGAACCUUACACUUAGCUCUUGUAUCUUGGCUUGUCAAGACAACAGGAUAUAAAAUGAAGAACAGAAUGUGACUUGGGUAGAGUAGUUUGUUGCAGAAAGGACUGCAGGGCUAAUUUACAAGGAGCAAAGAGGCUGCUUUUUGGAUUGAUUCUCAGGGAAAAAGACUAUUUUGUUAGUUUGUGUCAAAUUGAAAAUUAGUCAGCAAUAGUAAGACAUUUGUGUUAAUCUUUGUGCUGCUUGUGCAGCUUCCUCGUUUUGUGAUAAUUAACACAGGGAUGUGUUAACAUAAAUCUUCCAGUUUUCUAAAGGAAGCUGGGAAAAACACCAUAUACCUGUUCUUCAAAUGACAGUAUGAAUCAGGAGGAGGAACUGGUAAGAGAGCCCAACCAAAGUUGAAAAUUCUUAUUUUUUUCUUCAAAGUGAUGUUGUGUAUGGACAACAAUAAGCAACUCAGAUUAUCACCUUUAAUUCUUACUGUAGAGUACUACAGAGGUCAAGAGCUUUCAACUUGUUUGCAUUAUCUAUUUGUUUCAGAGGGUGAAGUAGGUUAUUCUUUGUGAAUCUGAACUUUAGAAAUACCUUUUAUGUAGUUUAAGGGUGCUUUGACAUCACUUUGAACCUCAGCAUAGGAGAUGCUGGGUGUCUUAAUUUUAUUUUCAGAACAGUAGUUGACAGCUUGCCAUUCUAUUUGCUGUUGGGCACUGAAAGAAAUUAUUUUUAAUUUCUGUUAAGCCUUCUUUAUUUCUGUAGGGGUAAU